CUAAAGUAUCCGGAGAUAUCCCGGACAGAUAGGUUCGGAAUGGUUCCCGCCUCGGAGAUGCCCUUGCUCCCCGAUCCCAAGUCGCCAAGUUCGCUGCACCUCCCGUCCCCGUGAUGCCCUCGCCGUGACCUCACCGGCGGCCGCUAUGACCUCGCCGGCUUCUACCUCUUCCUGGUUCUCCGGAAUCGUGCGCACAGCAUCCGGUAAUCCCCCUUCUUCAGCCAUGCCUCCCGCCGGCGGCGUCACCUCCGCCCCCGUCUCCCUUCCCGACACCCCUGCUGCCGUGAGCGGCAAGGGUGGCGUCGUUGCCCCUGUAGCCACCACAGGCGUAGGCGCUCGCAGGAAGCAGCUCCAGGGCACGCUGUUCAAGUACGGGCCCAAGUCCGCUCAGGGGUGUUGGAUUCAGUUCCGCUCAUCGGCUGCAUGCUUCGCAAUUCCUUUGGCGUGGGAAUUCUUUGGAUCGGAUGUUCUGGAUGCUUCUAGAAUGGUUGCGUUCAGGACUGGUGAUUUUACCCGUCAGGUGAUUUUCAUUGGUGGUUUGGCAGAUGGGCUCUUAGCAACUGAUUACUUGGAACCAUUGUCACUUGCGUUGGAGGUUGAGAAAUGGUCACUGGUUCAACCAUUACUUUCUUCAUCAUAUACUGGAUACGGAAUUUCCAGCUUGGAGCAAGAUGCAUUGGAACUUGAUCAGCUCAUCGGCUACUUGAUAAAUAAAGAUAAUUCUGAAGGAGUAAUACUGCUCGGUCACAGCACUGGUUGCCAGGAUAUUAUACAUUACAUGCAGACAAACUUUGCAUGUUCCAAAGCAGUUUCUGGGGUAAUUUUGCAGGCCCCAGUAAGUGACAGGGAGUAUAGGGCAACUCUUCCAGAAACAGGAGAAAUGAUAGAUCUGGCAGCGAAAAUGAUUAGUGCGGGCCGUGGAAUGGAUUUGAUGCCCAGAGAAGCAAAUUCAGAUGCUCCAAUUACUGCCUACAGGUUCCACUCCCUUUGUGCAUACAUGGGUGAUGACGAUAUGUUCAGUUCUGAUCUUAGUGAAGAUCAGCUGAAGCAGAGACUUGGUCAUAUGUCAACCACACAGUGCCUGGUUAUUUUUUCAAUGGCGGAUGAGUAUGUCCCUGAAUAUGUCGAUAAGAAGGCACUUGUAGACAGACUCUGUCGUGCACUUGGAGAUUCAGAGAAAGUUGAAAUAAAAUGGGGAAACCAUGCUCUUUCCAACAGGGUGCAAGAGGCUGUCGAGGUUAUUGUAGAUUUUGUUAAGAGGGAGGGACCCAAAGGAUGGGACGAUCCAUGGAGCUAGAUACAGCAGUCAUAUGAUGCAACCUUUACCCCCCUUUACCUAUUAGAAUAUUUCAUUUUUGCAGUUUUAUUGGUCCAAUUUUCUGUGUACUAAUGUUCUGAUCUAUUUAUUUCAUUGCGUAAACCCUUGUCUAGAACUUGAUUUUUGAUCUCGUGCUCAUCUGUGGACAUUCAGAUUCACUGUUUGAAAAUUGUAAGUUGUAAUGCUACUAUCUCUGGAAUGUUCCUCUUUGUCUAUUUAGAAUGUUUUUUAAGGCUA